UGUUUACAGUAGAGUAGACCAGCAACACCCCUCAAUCACUGUUUACAGUAGAGUAGACCAGCAACACCCCUGAAUCACUGUUUGUAGUAGUAGACUGGCAAUACCCCUGAAUCACUGUUUAUAGUAGUAGACCGGCAACACCCCUCAAAUGAAACUCCUCCAUCUGCRURCCCCACCCAAACUAUUGAUGUCUUGGAACUUGUGCAUUCUCCCCCCAGCCAGCCGCAGCCCGGCCUGAGACACGGGUAGCAGGAUAGGGAAGCAGAGCGGAGAGGCCGCCGCCACAGCGGGGCCGGCGGACAAGAUGGCGGGCAGCCCCGAGAAGAGUGUCUCGGCGCAGGAGUGGAAGGAGCAGGGCAACCGCCUCUUCCUCAGCCGCAAGUACCAGGAGUCGGCCGCCUGCUACAGCAAAGCCAUUAAGCGGAAUCCCUCAGUGUCUGUGUACUACACCAACCGGGCACUGUGCCACGUGAAGCUGCAGCAACAUGACAAGGCCCUGGCCGACUGCAAGCAGGCGCUGGAGCUGGACCCCCAGUCAGUCAAGGCCCUCUUCUUCCUGGGUCAGUGUCACCUGGAGAUGGAGAACUACGACGAAGCCAUCGGCAACCUACAGAGAG